AAAGCAAGAGUAAAUGUACAAACAAAAUAAUGUUUAAUGGUCCUGGUCACAGAGGACAAAGUUUAGUUGAAAUUAAUCUAAAAUUAGAAUUGGCCAAGCUUUAUUUCCGGGUAAAUCUGCAGCAACAAAAUAACAAUUGCUGAUUAUAUAUGACCAUCAACAACUACCCUAAAACCUUUUUGUAUAUUUCAUUCUCAUCCUCUUUUCUCCUUUUCUUCAAUCCCAAAUUUUUCUCCGGCCAAUUCUAAAGCUUUCAAAACCCAGUUUUAUGAAAGAGCUUUCUUAGAGGCCGGCCUGGUGUAACAUAUAAAGAAAAAACAAUGAGCUUGAAUUGCUUAACCUGCAGCCAAGUCCAGAGAUCAAACUCAGAGUCGGAUAGAAAGCAACAUGGGAAAGAUAGGAAUUGUACGAAGAUUAGUAAUGCACAUGUUGAUAGAAGCUGGUCAGGGAAUUUAGCUUCACCACCAUCUUAUGAGCAGUUUUGUAUGAAGAAUGCUUCAAUGUUGGUGGCACACAAGAAGGUAACGCAAGGUCAUCGCCGGCUUCAUAGUACAGGAGCUGUUGCAUUUGAAGGAGGUGCAGAACCCAGGUUGGUUAGGAGCUCUGGAAUGAGAAGGGAUUGGAGCUUUGAGGAUUUAAGACAAAGGGAUGAGAAGAAAGGGAGAACAGCAUGAGAUACAUACAUAUAUAUAUAUAUAUAUAUAUAUAUAUAUAUAUAUACAUAUUCACAGGUUUAGUCAAUCUCAUAUUAGAUCGGAUUGAUAGCUUUAACAUCAGAAUAUCCUUUAUUAACUUUUGAAUUGCUCUAACUGUAGGGACUGGAGGUUUAACAUGAACACAUCUAGGCAGAGUUAAACAAAUCCAUUCUUUUAAAUGAUUCAAUAGUUAAUAAAGGAAAUUCUAAUGAUAAAACUAUCAAAUGGAUCAGAUAUAAGUUUGAUUGUACAUAUAUAUAUAUAUAUUGCCUACAUCAACUUAUUAAGGUCUCUCUUUUAUUCCUGCUUGGCUUGUCUCUUUUUUUUUUUUUUUUUUUUUUUUUUUUCUUGGUUUUUGUUUUUAGUUUUUGUUAUUUUUUUUCCACCGCUUGGGUAAAGAUGUUCAUGUAUUGUCCAAGAAGAUGUUGGAUCAUAGAGAUGAGUUGGAAUUGUGCCUCUAAAGAUAACGAAGACUUGUUUUAUUUAAAUUAUAUCGUCGUCAUGCACAUACCAUACUAAUUAUUUUAAUUUGUCGUUCUUGCUUGACUUUUGGAACUUCUUGCACAAAUGAUAUGGUAGAUUUAUAUCUAGAUAUAUAUAUAUAUAUAUAUAUAUAUACAUAUAUAUAUAUAUUUAAUUAAUAUGUAAGGUUUGGGUCAAACCCAAGCACCUGGCCAGUAAAAAAUGGCCCUAAAAUUGUGUUGCAAAGUUUAGAAUUUAUUAUGAAAAAGAAGAAUUUUAUUAUUAUAUAAUUUAGUGUUUCAUAUGUUGCGACUUAUGAGAUUGAUACGUGAAAACAGCAUCAUCACAUUUACAGGAUAUCCAAAGAUCCUAAUGAAAUUCCAUCAUGGAUCACGUACAUAUUCUAGGACUUAUCUAAUAUUGUUAUGCAAUACUAUAAGCUUAAUUGACAAAUUUUCCUGAUAAAAAAGAAGCCAGAAAACAUUGCAUUGUGAAUGUGUAUAUAUAUAUAUAUAUAUAUAUCAAGCAAAUCAUCAUUUCCAUGUGCUAUGCAGGAAAGAGUUUAAUUAUAAGUCAUAUGAAAACUGUUCUCUUGGGAAUUAUAUGCCGGCUUAUAAUGGGUGACAUUAUGAGAUGGCAAAUCGUCAAGCCAAAUGAACCAACAGAUAAUUGCAGCAUCUUCACAUUCAUGCUGCUUACACCCAUAAACACCAUGCCCCAUAAGACAAUGUGAAUCAAACAAACUAAGCAUGUCUACAAUACACAAAUUAAUGGGAUGAUGUAGUUUUUAAAACUUCAAAUGGAACUCUUAUGAAUUGUUAAUACCUUAAACUGAAUUCUCGUCAUAACAAUAAGUUUUUGAACCGCAUUCUUCUCGUAACAAUAUGUUUUCCUUCCAUGAAUUGAAAAAACAUAGAUAUGCAAAUAAGUUUGAUACCUAACCAUGUAUUCAGGUUGUUUUCUUAGUACUUAAUAUUUCCUAGUCAAGAAAUUGUAGAAGGGCUCCGUGUUUAUGGACAUUUCCCUGAAUCAUUAUUGAUGAGAGCAUCACAAAUAUGGCCUAACCACAAUAAUGAAACAACUUUUCACUAGACAAUUCUUAACAGAUAAUGGAGAGGACUCUCUAACCCCUGCCAGAAUCCAAAACGCUCAGAGAAGAAAUGCAGUAAGGGAGAAAACCGAGCCAU